AUGCCGUCUCCACCUCGUUCUCCUGCACCCUCACCAACUUCUUCUCCAACACUACCUACGAAACCGAGGCCGAAUAGGCCAGAUUUGCCACCAGCCAAGCGUGCGCGAGUUGCGCGAUACCCGAAUUACGUGCCAGAAGAGGAGACUAUCAGAAAUGACUAUUCGCAGAGAUACGUGGACGGAGGGGAGUGGCCUCAGAACUGGGUGCUUGGCGCCCACCCCGAACAUCGCUUCGAAGAAUAUCCGAAGCAGCAGAGACUUCUCGCCCUAAAGAAAGCCUCAGUCGCCGCACACACACUUCCUCCGACCUAUUUAUCAUUCUCCGAGCUGUCGUCUCUCCAUCCUUCGAAAUUCGAUGCUAUUCUCAUAGAUCCGCCGUUCUCUUCGUCCUUCACAUGGGACGACCUCCAAGAACUUCCAAUUCCGGCGCUGGCCGCCGACCCUUCCUUCGUGUUGAUGUGGGUCGGUAGCGGCGCUGGUGAGGGACUAGAGCGUGGUAGAGAGGUGAUGGCGAAAUGGGGCUUCAGGCGAUGCGAGGAUAUCGUCUGGGUCAAGACUAAUAACACGAGUAACCGGGGGCCGGGAACAGAUCCACCCACUACUUCGUUACUCACGCGGACAAAACAGCACUGUCUCAUGGGUAUUCGUGGCACGGUUCGGCGCUCAACGGACAGCUGGUUCGUGCACUGCAACGUCGACACCGAUGUUAUGAUUUGGGAAGGCGAUGCCUCCGACCCAACACUCAAACCUCCAGAGAUGUACACGCUGAUCGAGAACUUUUGCCUCGGCUUACGGAGGCUGGAAAUAUUUGGGCGUGCGCGGACGACACGUCGGGGUUGGGUGACCGCUCUUGCAGAAGGCGAAGAAGAGCGAAUAGCACACAAAAUGGAGGUCGAGGUCUCCGUGGACCCUCAGGAGACCGCAGUUAAGUGGGACAGGGAGACAUGGGAAGCCCGUAUCAAGGAGCUCGCAAACGGAGGCAAGGCCGUUGUGCCCAUGACACCAGAAAUCGACGCGCUGCGGCCUAAGUCGCCGGUACGUGGUGGGCCUGCGAAUCCAAGUAUGGGCAUGGGCGCUGGCGCAGCACCCAGCGCAACUCCGAUGGCUAUGGGCAUGUCCGUGGCGGUGCCGAUGGGCAGUAAUACGGGCUCCGGGAAUCGCAGCGGGUUCAACAGUUCCAACAGGAUGAUGGGCCAACCCUUGAUGGGCAUGAACACACUCGCAGGAGCGGCGGACAUGGGUAUGAUGUGGCCUGACAUGGGUAUGAAUGUCAACAUGGUCGGCAUGAACGGCAUGAAUGGCAUGAACGGCAUGAAUGGCAUGAACGGCAUGAAUGGCAUGAAUGGCAUGAACGGCAUGAACGGCAUGAAUGGCAUGGGUGGGAUGAACAUGGGGAAUAUGCAGGGGAUGAACACCAUGGGCCUGGGCAUGCCGGUGAAUCAACAGGCGAUGGGCUUCGCGCAAGGCGGUGGCGGUUUCUCUGGCUUCGAGGGAGGUCAGAUGCAGCAGGUGCCAGGGGCAAUGGGCAUGGUUAAUGGCAUGGGUGCCGGAAUGGGGUGGAUGGGGAACGGCGACGGACAGUUCGUUGAUACUGUGGGAGGGAUGUGGGAUGGUGGAAUGGGAGAAGGCAUGAUGGGUAUGAACGGAAUGGGAAACAUGGGGAUGGCAGUGAACAUGGGUAUGAACCCGGGCAUGAACUCUAACAUGGGCAUGAGUAUGGGCAUGGGCCAAUGGGGCGGAGAUGGCUUUGACGGUGCGUAUUGA